CGUAUUAUCUGUUACUCAGCAGAACUAAAUUUAUUCAUAUAAAUCCACUGUAUUGAACUAUCUGUAUCAAGCAAAAGCAGGAAAAAUGGCUUCAAGUACAAAGAAUGGAUCAGAAGUCACAGGCUCGGGAGAACCAGAGGCAAAAAGAGCAAGAAAAGUUGCUUUGAUAACAGGCAUCACCGGUCAAGAUGGCUCCUACCUGACAGAAUUUCUUCUGGACAAAGGUUACCAAGUCCAUGGAAUUGUGCGUCGUGCCAGUCAGCCUAAUACGCAGAGGAUUGAGCACCUGUACGCAGACAGAGCUACCCAUCAGAUGGGUCAAAUGAUUCUGCAUUAUGGGGAUCUGACAGACAGCACUUGCCUUGUUAAGAUUAUAAACCAGAUUCAGCCUGACGAAAUUUACAAUCUCGGAGCUCAGAGUCACGUUAAGAUUUCGUUUGAAAUUGCUGAAUACACUGCUGAUGUGGAUGGUCUUGGUACGCUGCGUAUUCUCGAUGCGAUUCGAACCUGCGGACUUACUAAGAAAGUCAAAUAUUAUCAAGCGUCGACUAGUGAGAUGUAUGGAAAGGUCCAAGAAAUCCCACAGACCGAGAAAACUCCUUUCUACCCCCGAUCCCCAUACGCAGCCGCAAAACUUUACGCCUACUGGAUUGCAGUCAACUAUCGGGAAGCGUACGGAAUGUACACUUGCAACGGAAUUCUUUUCAAUCACGAAAGUCCGAGGCGGGGAUUUAACUUCGUCACAAGAAAGAUCUCGAGAAGUGUAGCAAAGAUACAUCUUGGGUUGCAAGAUCACAUGGAGCUGGGCAACAUAGACUCAAAGAGAGAUUGGGGCCAUGCCAGGGAUUAUGUGGAAGGAAUGUGGGCGAUGCUGCAGCAUGAAACGCCUGAUGAUUACGUCCUGGCAACAAACGAAACCCACAGCGUUCGUGAAUUCAUUGAAAAAUCGUUCAAACACGUUGGAGUUGAGAUUGGAUGGAGAGGAAGCGGAACGGAUGAGGUCGGAUAUGACAAAGCUACCGACAUCGUCCGAAUAAAAAUCAAUCCCAAGUACUACAGACCCACGGAAGUUGAUUUUCUUCUCGGAGAUGCAACGAAAGCGAAGAACGCGUUCGGUUGGGAACCUAAGAUCAAAUUCGAAGCUCUCGUCAAAGAUAUGGUAGACGCGGACGUAGCCAUGAUGAAAAAGAAUCCCAAUGCUUAACGAUGCCUCUUAUAAUGAAGGAUAUCGUUGAAUUUUGUCAGUGUGGGAUAUUCCAUUGAGAAAUUUUCUGUUUCCACUGCAGAUAUGAAGAAACAUGCAUAGCCCAGAAUGGUGAUUCCAUUACAUUUGAACCCACGACAAUUGCAUACUAUUGCACCUAUGGAAAUUUUUUUACGGAUAUUUGAACCCAUCCUAACCCAUGGGUUUUAUCACCCCUAUAUAGAUUGAACUCGCGGAUAUACGGGUGCAAAUGUAUGGGUUCAAAUGUACGGUCACCCAAAAUGGCAAUACUUUGCCAUUUGGUCAAUAGCCUUCAUAUUGGAAGCAUAUUUGGAGUUGAACUGGUAAAAAUACACUUUUCUGAGCUGCCAACUUCGUUAUGCUAUAUUCAGUAAUUAUCGAAAGCCUACUUUGCACAUCUUAUACAUUUUUAGUUCGUAGUUACGACCUUUAGGAAGGUCGAAUACAUGUAUAUCUAGAC